AUGGAAGAAGAAAAAGAAGAAUCAUCUACUUGUUUAACAACAAUUAACGAGACAAUCAAGCCAGUAAAGUUAAAGAUCAAAUUGCCUCCAAAAAUUGAAAAUUUUGAAGCCGAUAAACAAAGAUCGGAUGAGAAAAAAUUACGUCGAGAACAAAAACGAUUAAGAAAAGCUGAGAGGAGGGCAGCCCGGCUAUCUGAUGAGAUUAAUAGGGAAAUGGUUGGAGGUGAACAAAUGGAUAUUGACAGAAAAAAUGAUGAUUCGAAAGAUACUCUACAAAGUACAUCUCGAGAAGAAUUGUUGAAAAUUCAAGAAAAGUCUCCUUUAAAAAUUUCUUUGAAAAGACCUAUCAUUCAAAAACAAAAUAAUAAUUGUUUAACAACAUCAUUGCAAAAAUCCUCUCUAAAUGAAGAAAUUAAUAUUCCAGUUAAUAAUGAUUGUAAUGGAAAUGUUGGGGGUGGUGGUUUAUUGAAAUUGAGAAUAUCUAAACAUAUUUUGGUAAAUACACCCGUUGUUUCAGAACAAAAUGACAUUGUAGAAGAAAAAGAAAGGGAGGAGAAGAAUAAUCAACAGGAAGAACAAAAAGAAAUAAAAAAGAAAAAACAUAAAAAAGAUAAAAGCAAAAAACGAAAAAGUGAAGAAAAUAAAGUGGUAGAUUAUAAAAUUGUUGAACAAACAGAAGAAGAAGAACAAUAUCCUGCCAAAAAAGUGCCAAAAAUUCGAAUAAAGUUUGGAGGAGAAAGAGAAGGUGGUGAGGUGACAAUGAAGACUAAGAUAAAUAAUAAUAAUGCAUUGUUGGAGAAAUUAAAUGAAGAAAAUAAAAAAAUUGAAGAAGAAUUUAAAGGACAACAAACUUCUGUCAAACAAGUUUUGGAAUUGCCACAACAAAAAAAUCUUUCACAAAACGAUAAUAAUAUUUGUGUUCCUGUUUCAUCAUUAAUAUUACCUCAAAAUCGUAAUCUCAUUUUCGCUAAUAAUAAUGAAGAAAAGACUAAAGUUGACAAUAAACAGAAGAUUGAAUUUUCUCCGUGUUGUUCUGGUUUGUUUAUUUGGAUAUUUAAAGAAUUUGGGUUUCUUAUUUGA